AUGGCUUCAGUUGUCCCAACUAUUGCCGGUGUCAUUGUACUCUUGACCGUUCCCUUUGCUCCUAGCAAGCGCGUUGGCCUGCUGUUGGCUUAUUACAUUAUAAUCGCUUACUGGGGAUGCGCAGGCCUAGCCCUGUCACUUGUGACUCGAAAUGUCGCCGUUGGAAAUGCGAUAGGGUCACAGACUUAUCAGGCCAAAGAUGCCCCUCGCUACUUUCCAGCUCUUGCCACUGUAUUAGUAUGCUUUGUGUUACUGGAAGUCGUGCUGUUUGCUCUCCGCACGUAUUAUAUUGCACAGAACAAGAAGCGUGAUUGUAUGAUUGAGCGCGGAGAGGCUACGGAGGAUAGGAAUUUUACCCACUCAUUCGAAGAUAUCACAGAUCGACAAAAUGUCAAUUUUGAUCGUGAUUGA